UUUGUUUUGAACAUGUUUUUAACUUGUUUUUGUGUGUUUUUGUUUUUAUUAUUUUAACUAAUGUUUUCCUAGAUGUUUUGAUCAUGUUUUAUGUUUUGACUCAUUAUGUCUGUUUAAAGGUUUAUGUUGUUUCAAUGUUUUAUGAUGUUUUUUGUGUUAGUAAAACAUACUUAGAUGUUUUGUUGAUUUGUAUUAUUCUUCCGAGAAAACAUGUUCGUAACUCUUUCCGUAAAAAGAACAAAACAUGUUAAUAGGUAAAUAUGACAAGUUUGGCUAUGUUGGUUUAAUAUGUUUUACUUUAUGUUUUAUUAGAUGUUUUGCCGGAUGUUUUUACUGGAUGUUUUUCUAGAUGUUUUUAUCUUUUGUUUUUCAGAUUUUCCAUGUUUUUCUAAUUAUUAUUUUAUUUUGUUCUUAAAGUUUUAUUUUCACAACUAAAUUUACUAAAAUUUAUUUUUAUUAUUUUACCCAAAAAUUCUUUUCCUUUGUUUUUUUUCUAAUUUCAUUUUCACAACAUAAUCGCGCACACCCGCUAUAUUAUUUUAUUAUUGGUGCUACUUUAACCAACUUUUAACUGAAACUAAAAAGAAAUUUUUUUACUAAAUUUUCUACCACAAUCAAUUUGUGCACAAACAACUUUCUCUUCUCUCCCUUUUCUCUCAUUC